AUGGGCUCUAAAAAUACCACUGAAAUGAAGGAGAAGAAGGAAUCUAAUAAGGCCGCUACAUCAACCGCUUCGGCUACUUCAGCAAAGACUCAAUACAUCGCCAAGGAUUUCCAAGAAGCAUAUACUACUUCCAUGAAAUCUUACUGGGAUCAAAUCGCAAGUAAUAACAAAUUAAAAUUAAUUGAUCUAUUUUGUGCCUUCUUAGUAGUCGUUGGUAUCAUUCAAUUCGCAUUCGUAUGUCUAAUUAGAGAUAAUUACCCAUUCAAUGCUUUCUUAGCUGGAUUUAUAAUAUGUGUGGGUCAAUUUGUUUUGUUGAUUAGUUUAAGAUUGCAAUUGUUGAAUCCAUUUGAAGGUAUUCCUAAGAACAGAGCAUUCGGUGAAUUUGUAUUGGCAAGUUUGAUACUACACUUCAUUUGUAUUCAUUUCAUCAAUUGA